GCAUUGAGUGUGUGUGUACACUCUUAAGUUGUACCAGUGGGCAUUUACCUAUUUUUUACAGGAUUUACCUGGGGGCCACAACAAGGACAGGAAGCCGGCAGCUUGUCGAAGGUUCCCCCUCCCCCCAUAGCCUUGAAGAUUUUUUCCAGUUUCAUAUGUUGGACAUCAAAAAAUAGCAAUGAUUGGUGUACUAUGCCAAGUGAAGAAGGUGCAGCCAAUGGGGAGGCAUGCUGUUGCUGCAGGACGAAGAUCUACCCCAAAUGUUUUUAGAAAGUCUCUACACAAGACACCGUGCUCAGUGCGGGGCCUAUCGGUGUCUUGUCAUAAAGCUAUGCCUUUUACUGAGGCUGACUCAGCUAGCGGGCCUAGGAUGAAAGCGUGGCAGACAUCUCGUUACGAUGGAGUUGAUGGGCUUUCGCUUUGUUCUGUGAGGACACCGGCAGUCCUAGACCCUGGAGAUCUGCUUGUGCGGGUCCAUGCUGCCUCUGUAAAUCCUAUUGACACAAAAAUUAUUAAGGGUUAUGGUGAUAAAGUUUUGAAUAUGAUGCGGGCAAUGGAUCGUGUUAAGCAAGGAACGUUUAAAGAAGAGGAAAGGAAGUUUCCAUUAACAGGUGGGCGAGACUUUGCAGGAGAGGUGGUAUGUGUGGGUCAAAACGUAAAGGGUGUGGUGGCUGGUGACCAAGUGCUUGGUGUAGUCAGUCCCCAACAUCAAGGUUCACAUGCGGAGUAUGUUGUAACUGCAGCAUGCAAUGUUUGUUUGAAGCCAGAGAAUGUUAGUACUGAACAAGCUGCAUCCAUCCCAUAUGCGGGUCUAACAGCAUGGAGUGCUGUAACACUGACAGGCAUGGUGACCGCCACUACCGCCCCACAGUCUCGUGUCUUGAUUAUCGGCGCCUCAGGGGGUGUGGGAAUCUUCCUCUGUCAGCUCCUCUCAUCAUGGGGUGCUGAGGUUGUUGGCCUCUGCUCUUCAGAUGCACAAGGUAUGGUGGCAAGUUUUGGUGUAGAAACAAUGGAUUAUAGAGAUGCAGCUACCAAAAGUAUGCUUAUUGCAGAUGGAGGUUUUGAUGUUGUGAUUAAUGCCUCUGGUGUUGAAGACUUAGACUACAUGAAAGCACUGAAGCCCUGGAAGGGAGCUUCCUAUGUUACGCUCACAUCACCGUUGUUACGAAACAUAGAUGAUCUGGGCAUGAUGGUUGGCCUUGUCAAGAGUACAAAGGACCUUUUGUGGAGGAAUGUUACUUCCUUGUCAGAAGGGCGAACUUACAAAUGGUCCUUCUAUACGCCCAACCCAUGUGCCCUAAAGCAAAUCACAGAAAUGUUAGCCAGUCAGAAGAUUCGACCAGUGGUUGAUAAAGUCUUCCCAUUUACUGAAACGCCAGAAGCAUAUAGUUAUGUUAUUAAUGGUCAUGCUAGAGGAAAGACUGUUAUUAGCAUGUCUCAAUAAGAGGGGAUGAAUGGGAGACAAGAUAAGAAGCAAAUUAAUUACUAUAACCAAAACUUCUGUAUAUAGUUGAAAAUAAUAAAUGUAUGAAUUGAC